CAUAAUCAAACCACCCACAACAUCCAAUAUCAAGGGUGAUAGCACCUCUAACAAUGACAAAAUAGUAUUCGCAAAAGAAAAAGCACCAAAGAAAAAACAUGCACAAAUCGAACAACAAAAGCCAUUCAAAAACAACACAAAUAAUGCAACACCCACUUCUAAUGGAAGCACUAAGACAAUAGCUGUUGAAAGAAAAGUGGGAA